AGACGUGGUGGCCUAGGCUACGCUGGCUGCGCUAGGCUGCCUGGUUAUGCCCGGCCGGAGGCGCCAGGCUGCUGGGUGCUGCUCUGCUGCCGGAGGCUCCAGAGGCCGCCGCCCCUCCCCCUCCUUCCCCCGGGCGCCCCGGGCCAGUCGAGCUGGUCGACGACGCGGGGAACAGCAGUCGUCCGUCGCGGCCAUGAUCACCGCGUAGCCGCGCGCCGCUGCGGUGCAGCCCUGCAGCCGCGGACUUGGCCAGGCCCUGCUGCUGCUGCUUCGGGUACCCGCUCCUCCUCGCUUUCUUUCUCCGUCUGUCUGUCUCUCUUCCUCGCUUCCUUCCCACUCCUCCACCGCCCCGAGGACGCCGUCAUGGCCGGCGCGUGACCGUGCGACCGGCCCCGCCCUCGCGUGACGUCCGCGACGCCCGCGACACGGCAUCACGAUGAAGCGGCAGAACGUGCGCACGCUUUCGCUCGUCGUGUUCACCUUCACGUACCUGCUGAUCGGGGCCGCCGUCUUCGACGCCCUCGAGUCGGACACGGAGCGCCGGCGAUGGGACUACCUCAAAGAGUUCCGCGACAAGCUGAUGGACCGCUACAACAUGACCCAGGAGGACUUCACCGUGCUGGAGGUGGUGGUGAUCGAGAACAAGCCCCACCGCGCGGGCCCGCAGUGGAAGUUCGCGGGCGCCUUCUACUUCGCCACGGUGGUGCUGGCCAUGAUCGGGUACGGCCACUCGACGCCGGUGACGGUGGGCGGCAAGGCCUUCUGCAUGGGCUACGCCAUGGUGGGCAUCCCGCUGUGGCUGGUCAUGUUCCAGAGCAUCGGUGAACGUCUCAACAAGUUCGCGUCCGUGAUCAUCCGGCGGGCCAAGCGCCUGAUGAGCUGCGCCAGCCAGGACGCGACCGAGAUCAACCUCCUGAUCGCCACGGGGCUGCUGUCCUCCACCAUCAUCACGACCGGGGCGGCCGUGUUCUCGCGCUACGAGGGCUGGUCCUACUUCGACUCGUUCUACUACUGCUUCGUCACCCUCACCACCAUCGGCUUCGGCGACUACGUCGCUCUGCAGAACGACCAGGCCCUCAUCAACAACCCUGGCUACGUGGCUCUGAGUCUCGUCUUCAUCCUGUUCGGCCUGGCCGUGGUUGCCGCCAGCAUCAACCUCCUGGUGCUCCGCUUCAUGGUCAUCAACGCGGAGGACGUCCGCCGCGACGAGGAGGAGCUGACGAGCUCCUCGCACCACGUCAUGACCCUGGACGGCGACAUCAUGGCGCUCAACGGCAAGCUGCUGUCGACGCGCGGCGGCACCGCGGCGGCGGCGGCCGCUGCCGCGGCGGGGGGCCGCAUGCACCAGGAGGUGAUCGACCAGGUGUCGGUGUGCUCGUGCAACUGCCUGGGGCACCUGCCGUCGCGCCACUGCGUGCAGCACGCCAGCAUCCCCAUGCACUACCUCGGGCCCACCUCGCACCGCCUGCACCGCGACGGGCGCGACGGGCGCGACGACCACCACGACUCCGGCUCGGGGCUCGCCUCCAUCUCGCGGGGGGAGUACUCGCCCCUCGUCGGCGACCCCCUGUUCCGCAGGGCCCUGCAGAGUCAUCGGAAGCGCUCCAUAUGAAGUCAGCCCGGUCGGCUCAUCGCGUCAGACUUCUGAACAGGACGCCGAGCCGGCCGGGACCUUUGGGGCCGAGUGUGUGGACACUGGACAGUGUGGCAGUGACUGACUGGACUGGCCAGCCCAGCCAGCCCAGUCAGGGCGAGUGGUUUGCUCUCUGCAUCUUGAACCGUGUGAAGAUGAGAGUGGUUGAGAUUCUUCGGAUUGCCUCAAAAGUCCCGACGAUGCAGACUCUUUUCACGUGCGUCACUUCCGCAGGUUCCCUCUGCGUGUCUUAUUUUUAUCAUCUUUGUGUCUGUUAGAUUACCUUGCGUGUUCCCCUUUCCUUCCUUGUUAGUGGCGUGCUUAGUGUCUGUUAGAUGUGUCCCUCUUUGUUUGUCAUGUUUGGGAGCUGGGUAGAUGGAAUGUAUUCAAUGUCCAAUCCAUAUCAAGCAAAAUUGUGCAUAUUGUUGCCCAGCCCCAAAUAUGCCCUAAUUAAGAGAACAAUUUAUACCUUAAGUGUAGUGUUUGGAACUUUUUUGUUUCAAUUUUUAUUCAAUGAUUCUCAUGAUGAAUCUUGAAUUGGAGAGGUAUGUGCCAAAAUGAAUUAGAUGUGGUGACAAGCACAGUCAGUGGUGUUUGUUCAGUCUUGGAAUUUGUGUGUCACUAGCUGGACAGAUUGCACUUAGCUUGCCAUCACAAAGCGUUUUGAACUUUUAUAUGUAAGAAACGCAUUAGUUAUAUUUACCUGUGUUGGGGUAUAUUUUCAAUUUUAUGUCCAAGAUUCCAUUGUAGAAUCUGGAAAGUAAAAACCAACUUGUGCCAAAAUUUAUUAGUAGUGGUGGUAUUUACCCAUUAAAGGUUGAGCACCAUGGUAUUUGACAUGAGGUAUCAGAAACUACACAAGGGAUACUAGGGGCACUUUAUUUAUCAUUCUUGGUUUGUGUUCAACUGAUAGAAUGUAAUUAACAAACUCCUUUUUUUUUUGUUAAAAAAAAAGAAGUUCCUGAGCAUCAUUUGAUAAGGGCUUGUCCAGCCCAAAGUACACAGUAGAGUAUUGUAUUCCUCUGCAUCAAGUAUUACCACAUUCUAAUAUUAUUUUUUAUGUCAAUAUUAUGGAGUUGCAAAUGAAUUAAGACAAUACAUUUUUAUUUUGUAUUGAUCUAUCUCGAACUAGUAGCCUGAAAGAACUGAAGGCAUGUCCUUUUGCUUUAAUUUUAGUUUCAAGUGUGUACCCAGAAUUUCAAACAAGAAGAAAUCCCUACAGUGGUUCACAGUUAACAUCCUCAUGAACCAACCAAACUCAUAUAAGUUUUUAUAUGAGGAUAUUGUGUGUUUGCACCUUUUGAGUUUGAUGUUAGUCCUGUUUCAAAAUUCGAAUGUAUCAGGGACUGCUGUAAUAAUGCUUUUGCCUGUAUGUAUAAAGCAAAUUUGAUUUUGUUAUCUCUACCAACUGAGGACGUUCACAUAAGUAAGAAAGUGGAAAAGAUGUAAUGUCGCAAUUGCACCUUGGAUUUUUGUAUGCUGUUAGAUAUAUUACUAUGAGCAAAAAAGUAGCUUAUUUGGUCAUAAGGUUGGGGAAAAUUGUGUAUUUUUAUAUGAUGUUUAAUGCAUUUAACGUGAUAAGAAUCACUUAAAAGACUGAGUGUUGCCAGUGAUUGGCAACCUACUUUCAAUUAGGAAGUGAAAAAGCAGAGUUUUAUACAUUUUUUUAAUCAGACUGGUUAGAAGUUCUGUUUUGAAAUCAAGUGUAAAAGUCAUGUGAUUUGGACCAAUGUAACAAACCACCAAACCUAAACUGCAAACGAACUGUUUCAAUAUUGUCUUUUUGUUACUAUUUUAAAUAUCAGAGCUACAGUUUUAACUUUAAUCUGGACUUGCAAGUGUGAUUGAUCAAUAAAAGAUUUAAUUAAUGCACAGUUAGACUGGCACCUUCUGAAGACUUCAUGAUUUUUACACUGGAUAUCUUUCUUGAUUUUUGAAUGUUCCUCUAAACAUCUUCAGAUGAGAAAUAAGGCAUGAAUUUUAAGAAGUAAAUUUAUCUUUACUGUUGGCUAGCUGAGUUUCACUUGCUCAAUUUACAAAGAGAGACAACUUUUUUCUCUUCAGAACUUAGAUAACAACCAAAUCUGUAGAAUGUGUGUUAUUUCUAGUUCUGCCCCAAAGCCAGGUUGUUCAAAUGUCAUGGGGAACGCCAAAUCCGUUGUUCAGGAAAAUCCUGUGUAUUACUUGUAUCACAACAUUACAUAAAAUAUAUUACUCUUAAUAAAGUGCCUCAUUAUAAUGCAGGUAAAUCGGCAAA